CCGCCCGCACCCGCUCUCACUAGUCGAACGGUGCCCGACCGGUAACGUAGCGCCGACUGCCGACCGAGAGACGAACAGCGACAAUGUCCGCCGUGGCGAAGACUUCCAAGUACACCUACCGCAGCAGCGGCGGUGGCACCACCGACGUCAACAUCGAGUACAGCGCCGACCUGAGUGCUCUCUCCAGGCUGGAGGACAAGAUCCGUCUCCUCCAUGAUGAUCUGGAAUCCGAAAGGGAGCUGCGUCAGAGGAUUGAGAGAGAGAAGGCGGAUUUGAGCGUACAAGUCAUUCAACUGUCCGAAAGGCUGGAGGAAGCUGAAGGCGGAGCCGAGAGUCAGUUCGAGAUCAACAGAAAACGCGACACCGAACUUACCAAGCUUCGCAAACUUCUGGAAGAUGUCCACCUGGAGUCCGAGGAGACCGCCCACCUGCUCAAGAAGAAGCACCAGGAGAUCGUGGUCGACUUCCAGGAACAAAUCGACCAGCUUACCAAAAGCAAAGCCAGGUCUGAAAAGGAAAAGUCCAAGUUCCAGGCUGAAGUUUACGAACUGUUGGCGCAAGUCGAGAAUGUCACCAAGGAGAAGAUCACCAUCUCCAAGACCUGCGAGAGGCUUGAGAUCACCAUCUCCGAGCUGAACAUCAAGAUCGAGGAGCUGAACCGCACCAUUGUAGACAUCACUUCCCACAAGCAGCGCCUAUCCCAGGAGAAUGUUGAACUCGUUAAGGAAGUUCAGGACCUCAAGGUGAACAUUGAGAACGUGGUGUACCUGAAGAGCCAGGUGGUCAGCCAGCUCGAGGACUCUCGCCGCAGGCUCGAAGAUGAGGAGAGGAGGCGCUCUCUGCUCGAAGCUAACCUUCACCAGGUUGAGAUCGACCUUGAGUCGGUCCGCGUCCAGCUCGAGGAGGAAUCCGAGGCGCGCCUGGACCUGGAACGCCAGCUCGUUAAGGCCAACGGUGAGGUCGGCCACUGGCGCUCCAAGUUCGAAGCCGAGGCCGCCGCCAGGGCUGAAGAGAUCGAGGAGAUCCGCCGCAAGUACUCCAUCCGCAUCCAGGAGCAGGAGGAGCAAAUCGAGACCCUCAUCGCUAAGAUCAGCAAUGUUGAAAAGCAGAAGUCUCGUCUCCAGAGCGAGGUUGAGGUCCUCAUCAUCGACCUUGAGAAGGCCAACGGCACCGCUAGGGAGCUGCAGAAGAGGACUGAGCAGCUUGAGCGCGUGAACAUUGAGAUCAAAUCGCGCCUGGAGGAGACCGUGCAGUUGUACGAGCAGACCCAGCGCGACCUGCGCAUCAAGGUCACGGAGAUCCAGCGUAUCAGCCACGAGCUCGACAAGACCCGCGAACAGAAGGACGCUCUUGGCCGCGAGAACAAGAAGCUUGGUGAUGACUUGCACGAUGCCCGCGCUAACCUCACGGAGUUGACCCGCCGUCUUCACGAGCUCGAAAUCGAGCUGCGCCGUCUUGAGAACGAGCGAGAAGAACUCACCGCCGCGUACAAGGAGGCCGAAGCCGGUCGCAAAGCUGAGGAGCAGCGCGCGCAGAGGCUGACCGCCGAGCUUGGCCAGUUCCGCCACGAGGCCGAGCGUCGUAUCCAGGAGAAGGAGGAGGAGAUCGAGGCUAUCCGCAAGCAGACCAGCAUCGAGAUUGAGCAGCUGAACGCUCGUGUCGUCGAGGCUGAGACUAAGCUGAAGUCUGAGGUGACUCGCAUCAAGAAGAAGCUCCAGAUCCAGAUCACCGAGCUCGAACUUUCUCUUGACGUUGCUAACAAGACCAACAUCGACCUGCAGAAGACCAUCAAGAAACAGUCCCUUCAGCUCACCGAGAUCCAGACCCACUACGAUGAGGUCCAGAGGCAGCUCCAGGUGACCCUUGACCAGUACGGCGUCGCCCAACGCAGGAUACAGUCUCUCACCGGCGAGGUCGAGGAGAUCCGUGGCAACUACGAGCAGGCCCUCCGCGCCAAACGCGUCGUCGAGCAAUCGUACGAAGAGGCGCAGACCCGCAUCAACGAGCUGACUGUCAUCAACGUGAACCUGUCCAGCAGCAAGGCCAAGAUCGAGCAGGAACUCGCUGUCGUCGCUGCCGACUACGACGAGAUCACCAAGGAGCUCCGCAUCGCCGACGAGAGAUACCAGCGCGUCCAGACCGAGCUGAAGCACACCGUCGAGCACCUGCAUGAGGAACAGGAGAGGAUCGUCAAGAUCGAAGCCAUCAAAAAGUCUCUCGAAAUCGAAGUCAAGAACCUGUCUGUGCGUCUGGAGGAGGUCGAGGCCAACGCCAUCGUUGGAGGCAAGCGUAUCAUCAGCAAACUCGAAGCCCGCAUCAAGGACAUGGAACUGGAACUGGACGAGGAGAAGAGGAGGCACGCUGAGACCAUCAAGAUCCUCCGCAAGAAGGAGCGUCAGCUCAAGGAGGUCAUUAUUCAGUGCGAAGAGGACCAGAAGAACAUCGUCCUCCUUCAGGACUCUCUUGAGAAGACUUCCCAGAAGGUCAACAUCUACAAGAGGCAACUCACUGAGCAGGAGGGUGUAUCCCAGCAGAGCGUGACCCGAGUACGACGAUUCCAGCGCGAGCUGGAAGCGGCCGAAGACCGUGCCGACGCCGCCGAGAGCAACCUGUCUCUCAUCCGCGCCAAGCACCGCACCUUCGUGACCACCUCCACGGUGCCCGGCUCCCAGGUUUACCUGGUGCAGGAGUCCCGCGCCCUCAGCACGGAGCGCAUGUGAACACGUCGCCACACUUCAUGUGAGCGCCCAACCCCUCGCCCCGCCACACCAGCAUUUCUCUCCACCAGUCAACAGAGGGGCGCAAUUCCGGUCGGGUAUAAGCCUAGUCGUUUGUUAAGUGAUGUAUGGAAGGGCGGGUGGCGCUACUGAGCCACGUAUGGCUCGGUGGCGCGACCUGCCCCCUCCGGGCCGGGACGCGCGCUCGGCGCUGCGGCUCGCCCUAACCUCGCCGUGUCUCUACACCGGCCAAACGCCGACCGCUCGUCCCGACUACUUUUAUAAAUGUAUGUAAUGCUAAUUCAACCAAAUAAAGGAACCAAAAAAUUUAA